CAAUAAAAGGUCCAUGGAGAUGUGACACACACCCUGACGAUACUUCGAUGUAGCAUUUCGAGUCAUUUCAUGGUGGCUGAACAAUUCUCACUGCUUUUAAGUGGAUCUUGAUUUGCUGUUAGUGCAACGGUAAGGUGCUCACAAAAUGCCUCAAGGUUUACCAGAAGUUCUGGAGGAGUGGAAAUGGCUGGAAGAGGAGUAUCAGCAGCUUCAGGAGACUCACAGAAUAUACUUGCAGAAACUGGAUGAAAUAUCCAACCUACAAAAGAACUGCUCCUCUUCCAUCUCACGACAGCGGAAGAGACUGAAUGAAAUGUCCCACCUUGUGAAAAAAUGCAAUAAAGGACCAUCAGAGGAAGAUGUUAAGAAACUAGAAGAAAUAAAAGAGAAAACCAGGACACGGCCAAAUGCUUUCUCUGAAAUGGAAUCUUUCCUUCCCAAGAAAAAUGGGUUAUAUCUCAGUCUGGUUCUUGGAAAUGUGAAUGUCACUCUUCUCAACAAGCAGGCAAAAUUUGCCUACAAAGAUGAAUAUGAGAAGUUCAAGCUGUACCUCACUGUUGUCCUGAUGCUGUUCUCCUUCAUCUGCUAUUUCUUUGUGAGCUACAGGUUUUUAGAUGCGAUCCUCAAUUUCCUACUGGUGUUUUACUAUUGUACAUUAACUAUCCGGGAAAGCAUCCUCAUCACCAAUGGCUCCAGAAUCAAAGGAUGGUGGGUUUUUCAUCACUACAUUUCGGCUUUUUUGUCUGGUGUAAUGCUAACAUGGCCAGAUGGGAACCUCUACAAACUGUUUAGAAACCAGUUCCUUGCCUACUCCGUCUAUCAAAGCUUUGUUCAGUGUCUGCAGUGCUACUAUCAGAGUGGAUGUCUGUACAGACUACGAGCUCUGGGUGAAAGACACAACAUGGAUCUGACCGUGGAGGGAUUUCAGUCGUGGAUGUGGAAAGGGCUGACGUUUCUUUUGCCCUUCCUGUUUUUUGGACAUUUCUGGCAGCUCUUCAAUGGCCUGUCUCUGUUCAGAAUGGCUCAGCUCCCAGACUGCAAAGAAUGGCAGGUCAUGAUGUGUGGUGCCUGCUUCCUUAUUCUGUUCUUGGGAAACUUUUUCACCACUGUUGCAGUCGUUCGGCAGAAGCUUAAGACCAGGAAUCAGAAACGAAAGAGCCUGUGAUACAUUUAAUUAUCAGCAAAUGUCAUGCCUUUUUAAAAGUGCCUCACAUGCUCCUCUCCGAAUGAAAUCUCAUAUCACCAUCAUCUUCAGCCGUAUUUACCGUGUUAAUCAACGUGUGAUAAGUCUUUAAAAAAAAUAAAGCAUAUAAAGAUAAAUGUUUUUAAAAUGUGUAAUCAAAUACUAUUCAGGGUUGUAAUGCGAUCUACAUUACCUGCUUCCGUCCAUCUUUUUAUGUCUUUAUAAUUAAGAAAGCUACUCUAAUAAGAAAAUGCAAACAAUGCAUCAAUAAACUAAUCCUUAAAUAAAGUUUUAAAUUUUGCAAACUGGUGUUUUUUUGAGUACUGCUAUAUAAUAUUUUCACACAUACAUGUGUCCAAAUGUAUUUAAUUGCAGUCAUUUAUUGGUCUUUUGAGUUAAAGUGUGAUAUGAUCAUGUACAGUCAAUGUGAUCACAUCACAUGCAUGGAUUAUUGUUUUACUUUAUUGUGUAUUCAGACAAUAAAAUAAAAUGCAAUCUGGGCUGAAACUGAA